GUUGCCAGAAAUAAAAUAAUAGAAAUAUGGCGGUCAGCGGAAGUCAAUUUUCUGUCUUUCUUUUGAUAACUUGACACACGUGCCGCGUGGAGUUUUGCCCCGCAGCACGAUGGUUGCGACUACAGAGAAGAAGGUAGCGGCAGAGAAGAAGCCCGUGAAGGGCAAGGAGGACAGCAAGAAGCUGCCCGCCGUCCCAGAGUCAGUGCUCAAGCACCGCAAACGGAGAGAACAUCUCCGCACUCGCCGCCUCCAAGUCACACUCAAGAGGCGUACAGCGGCCAUCAAGAAGAAGAAGGAAAUCUUCAAGAGGGCUGAACAGUAUGUUAAGGAAUACCGCAUCAAGGAACGCGAUGAGAUUAGGCUAGCAAGACAGGCACGCAACCGUGGCAACUACUAUGUUCCUGGUGAAGCUAAACUGGCCUUUGUCAUCCGUAUUCGUGGUAUCAACCAGGUGUCACCCAAGGUCCGCAAAGUCCUGCAGCUCUUCAGACUGCGUCAGAUCAACAACGGUGUGUUCGUCAGACUGAACAAAGCUACCGUCAACAUGCUGCGUAUCGCUGAGCCUUACAUCACCUGGGGAUACCCCAACCUGAAGAGUGUACGUGAGCUGGUGUACAAGCGUGGUUUCGCGAAGGUGAAGGGCCAGCGCGUUCCCAUCACGUCCAACACCACCAUCGAGGAGAAGCUCGGCAAGAACAACAUCAUCUGCGUGGAGGACCUCAUCCACGAGAUCUUCACCGUCGGAGACAAGUUCAAGUACGCGAGCAAUUUCCUGUGGCCCUUCAAACUGAACAACCCCACUGGAGGCUGGCGCAAGAAGACCAUUCACUACGUCGAUGGCGGAGACUUCGGUAACCGCGAGGACAAGAUCAAUGACCUGCUGAGAAGGAUGGUCUAAAAUAAAUAGAUUUAAAUUUA